AGACUCUCUCUCCUCAGCUCCACACUCCUCCGAUUCCUUUUGAUCUGCCCUUUGUCUUUCCGCCGUCCUCUCAUUCUCAUCCUCAUUCUCAUCCUCACUCCGUUCCACCCAUUCCCUUGCUCUGCUUUCCUUUCUGCUUCCCUCCUCCAUGGCCUGCAAGUCCUCAUGGGGUUUCGUACAACGACUCCCCCUUCCUCAACCACUCUUAAGCCAGACCAGGGUCCGAUCUCUUCAUAUGCUUGCAAGGACUAACAACACCCUGCCUUUCAGGUCACCAAUCCUCGCUAGGUGCAUACACCGCACGUAAGGACCCACUCCGCAGGACAAUCAGUUAUCAUAUCAACCUCAAUGCUUUCUAUCUAGCAGGAAAACGCCAUUAUCUUUCCUCAAUUGUUGAUGCCAUGGUUCUCCCUUUUUUUUUUUUUU